CGUGCCGCCGGAGGGGCCGCGGGCCGGGAGGAGGCGGCAGGGGCAGCCCCCCCCGCGCCCCCUCCUCCCCGCAGCGCAUUGGCUGCGGCAGCAGCCGCCCCGGCCGGGCCCGCCGGGGGUGCCCCCGUGCCGGUCACUGCCUCUGACCUUCCCUUCCCCGGCGCUGUCAGAGCGGAUCAGCGGGCGCGGCGCUGCAAUGGAGCGGCGAGCGGCAAGGGCAGCCGCCAGGAGAGGAGGAGGAGGAGGAAGGGAGAGAUUAGCGCGGUGCCGGCUGGCGCAGAGGCGCGGCUGAGCGCUCCAGCGGGAGCCCGGGGCCCUGCGGACCGUGCGAGAGUCAGAGGCGGAAGGAGCGGAGAUGCGGCUGCUCUCCCCGCGCUGCUAAAGCUCCCGGUCACUGGCCCAGAGGAGGAAGAGCAGGAAGGUCCGUCCUUCUCGCCGGUCUGCCAGCGCAAAGGGUGCCUGUGCAGUCCCCUCCUCUUGCUUUUAUCCCAGCCCCGGAGCAGGAGCAGAAGCCGCCGCCGCCGCCGCCGCCGCCGCCGCCGCCCCCUCUCCCUUCCUGCGCUCUUCCCACCAUGAGCGGGGCUGUUUUCACCUUAUAAAGAUGGCGGUGUGGGAUCGCUGCAACCUUUAGACUAAUGACUGUCAGAAACAUCGCCUCCAUCUGUAAUAUGGGCACCAAUGCCUCUGCUCUGGAAAAAGACAUUGGCCCAGAGCAGUUUCCAAUCAAUGAACACUACUUUGGAUUGGUCAAUUUUGGGAACACCUGCUACUGUAACUCCGUGCUGCAGGCAUUGUAUUUUUGCCGGCCAUUUCGGGAAAAUGUAUUAUCAUACAAGGCCCAACAGAAAAAGAAGGAAAAUCUCUUGACUUGCCUGGCAGAUCUUUUCCACAGUAUUGCUACUCAGAAGAAGAAAGUUGGAGUUAUUCCACCAAAGAAGUUCAUAUCAAGGUUACGAAAAGAGAAUGAUCUCUUUGACAACUACAUGCAGCAGGAUGCACAUGAGUUUUUAAAUUACCUGCUCAACACCAUCGCAGACAUUUUGCAGGAGGAGAAGAAACAGGAAAAGCAAAAUGGGAAGCUGAAAAAUGGCAACAUGAAUGAAGCUGAAGAGAACAAUAAACAAGAACUCACCUGGGUGCAUGAGAUUUUUCAGGGAACACUGACUAACGAAACUAGAUGUUUGAACUGUGAAACCGUUAGUAGCAAAGAUGAAGAUUUUCUUGACCUUUCUGUUGAUGUGGAGCAGAACACAUCAAUUACACACUGUCUAAGAGACUUCAGUAACACAGAGACAUUAUGUAGUGAACAGAAAUACUACUGUGAAACUUGCUGCAGUAAACAAGAGGCACAGAAAAGGAUGAGAGUAAAAAAACUGCCAAUGAUUCUUGCCUUACACCUCAAGAGAUUCAAGUAUAUGGAGCAAUUGCACAGGUAUACUAAGCUAUCUUACCGUGUAGUAUUUCCUCUGGAGUUACGUCUCUUCAACACAUCUGGCGAUGCUGUCAACUUAGAUCGGAUGUACGAUUUGGUAGCUGUUGUUGUUCACUGUGGAAGUGGACCGAAUCGGGGGCAUUAUAUUACAAUUGUGAAAAGUCAUGGAUUUUGGCUCUUGUUUGAUGACGACAUUGUAGAGAAAAUAGAUGCUCAAGCUAUUGAAGAAUUCUAUGGUCUGACCUCUGAUAUAUCAAAAAAUUCAGAGUCUGGCUAUAUUUUAUUCUAUCAGUCAAGAGAGUGACUUUGCAAACUGUGACAAUUGCACACAACGAUGCUGCGCACAAAAGAAGGUGAUGGCCCCCCUUAACUGACUUUUACACAGACCACAUCUUGUAUGGUUGAACAACGAUACACUCUGUCUCCUAUUAAAUGGUCUAUGUGAUAUUGGCUAUAACCGUCCAUUUUUGACAUGCAGAACUUUGUUUUGGGGAGGGGGGGUUGUUUGUAGUUUUUAAGUCUGAUUGAAGAGUUAAUUGCAGUCAGAUUUUAGUGGAAUUUAUAUGGACUAACAUUUGCAGAUAAUAAGAUUUGGAUGUCAACUGUUAAACCCAAUCCAGCUAGAGUAGUAUUUUAUAUGGAAGUGUUCAUUGCAUUUAGGACAAAAUUGUUUAAAACUUUCUAAAUAGCUUUGGGGUAUGUUGAUUUACAAAGCAUUCCUUUAAAAACAUCCUGACCUAUACUUACCCAUUUUAAGUGUAGGGGAAAAAAAAAAUCUGUUUCGUGAUGAUUAGAAUUGUGUUUGUAUAGGGGAUUUUUUUUUACAUGUUACUCUCUGCUGCAAAAAAAGAUAUUCUUCCAAAAUCAUUUAAGCUUUGGGUUGUUAAAAAAACUUUCAGUGCAUAACCUCAGGCCUAAAAUUCACAGAGAGGGAUUUAAAUUACAGUGGAACUAAGUAAUUCUGUAUGUCCAGUUACUUUGUUUAUCAUGAGAUAGUACAGAUGAGGUGAGAUUUCAGAACUUGCAGAGCACUGGAAUAAAGGGAGUGAGAUGACACAUAUGACACAGAGAUAAAUUACAUUUAUAGAGAUUGAGCUUAUCUUUCUGUUAAAAUGAUAUCAUAGGUUGUUUACUUAAUUGAGUUUGCAGAGAUUGCAACACUGCUCACGUAUAACAUAUCCAUCAGGACUGAAAUUACACAGUCCAUUGAAAUAAGUGUUGGUUGUACAAUACAUAAGACACAGCUUGAUCCCGCAAUUUUCUGAAUAGCUGUAGGUCCCAUUUUCAUUUCUCAAGACAGAGUCCAUUUCUUAGCAACAUAACGUAAUACAUAACAACCAUUAGUUUACACACACUGUCGCGUACAUAUCAUCUCUAACAUUUUGGCCAUGAUUGAUAGCAUUUGGAUGACCCCAGAAACAGAUAGGGCUCUGGAGUGUCUUAUUUUUAAAACAUCAAAAGGCUUAGUUAGUUUGUGAUUUUACUGGGUGAAUUUGGCUGGCACUAGUCAUGCCCUGGCUAAUAAAAUUGCUGAACUCAUAUACUGGAAUUUGGCAAAGAAUGAAUGUAGAAGAAAGUAUCAAUAGCGUAAGAGAAGGGAUGGAUAGCAGGUUGAGGCAGUGGUAACGCUGGGUAGCUACCAUGCUUGGGUUGACACUUUCACUCCAUUAUACAAUUCUUGAACUUCAGUAGCCAAAUUCCUAUUCCAAUGGAGUCAACAGCAAAAACAGUCGUGUCAUCUUCAGGGGGACUGACAGUUGGUUCUAGUAUUUAUAAGGAUAUACUCAUCUCACAAAACUUAUUUCUACCUGUUAUAUUUCAUUCACUCUUGUUAAGUAUUUAUUAGAUAAUGUUGCUUUUGAUCAUUCUUUUAAGAAGCCUGCCUUCCACUUUGUGGUCAACACUCUAUUUCAAGAAAUGGCUUUUGAAGUGCAGCUAAAUCUUAUAUUUUGGUCUUCUGUAGGAAGGAGAAUAACUGUUUUUUAUUGUGAUCUACUGUGAAUGUGAAAUAUCUUUUGUUACAUGAUGGUGAAAAUGAAGUACUAGCUUCUACUGUCACAUCAAUUGAAGUUCAGCUGGAUUUAUCAAUGGCCAUUUUGUAAACUAAGGAAAUGUUGCACUUUAUACAGAAUAAGAAACAGAAGUGGACUUUUCAUCUAACAUUAUUUGUGAUUUAUCAUGUUGUUAUACCGAUACAAGAGAACAGACAUGGAAUGUAACCUUAGAGUACUUAGAUGAAUAAUAGGAGUGGUCCAGAGAGAUCACUCACAUGAAUGAAGGCUGGUGUGCAGGCUCUAGAUAAGCAUAAUUGGGAUGCAGCUCUAGUUCUUUUAUUUAUGUUAAAAUGAAAUGUUCUGUCUCUAACACAGAAGAUAUCUUACAGGAGACUUCAACUCUCACUGAGGCCUAGGAGCUUUUCCACUGAAACCUGCAAAUCCCUCCUUAAUGGAUUUAUUUAUAAGCAUUCAGAAUUUCCAUAUAAAAAUGUAAUAAUCACUUGCCUUUUAAAAUGGGUACGGUUUCCUCAUCGUGAAUGAAGGCACUUUCUAGACCAGCAUUAACCAGUGCUGGUCCACAGGUCUAUACUUCACAGUUUGCUGCUGAGCAUUACUAGGGCAUUCUUCCAUUUUAAAACAAGCAACAAAAAAGAUAUUCUUCAGGUAUCAUUUGAAUGUUUAGCGUUCAUUUUUAUAUGAAAAGUAAUUUUUCAUUAAAAUAUUUUUUAAAUCAAUUCAAUUUCAGGAAAUGUUUUCCGUAUUUCAAUUGACUUAUCUGAAAAUUGAUUUUUUUUAAAUGUUAAUAAUAUGAAUUAAUAUUUAAGUGCUAAAGUACAGAAUAAUAAUCUCUGGUUUUCUCCAACUGCAAGACAGCUCUAGGUUGUAGAACAUACUGAUAAUUGCAGUACGUUAUUGAGAGUAAAAUUACUAGAAUAAGCCUUUUCAUAAAGUAUGAAAAAACAUUUUAAAUUCAUGCUAGCCCAUGAAGAGAUCACAGCACUGGUAUCACACCAGUCUAACAUCACUGGUCUGGUGACCACUCUGAAAAGUUGUGGGAUACUCACUUUAUGCUAACACCAGCUAAACUAGGGAGAAUUUUCUUUUGAUUAACAAAAAAAAAAUUGCAGUCACAAUUCUGUAAAUUAUAUCCAGUCUACAGUGUGCUGAAUGUCUUGACUUCAGUCCAGCAAAAGCUGUCCAUCACGGCGGUAUGAAUAGUGCCAGUCUAGGCAGCAGAACUUCUAUGUCAAAUUAAGCACAUUUGCAUGGGUUUUGCAGGAUUGGGAUCCUCACAGGAACAAUCGUAUGAUGUAAAGUAUUUUAGUUGAUUAAAUAAAACAUAAUCCUUUUUCUCUUAUGCUUAUGUAUAGAUUUCCAGUCCCUUAUGAAAGAAUGGAAAAAUAUCUAGGACAAUAAAAGCUUUUCAGCCAGCAGCUAGAAAACAAAAUUGUAGCACAGAUGUCUAAUAGUAUUCUGUGCUUCCCUAAAGUGACUGUUUUUAUGGUGUCGGGUUCUGAGUAUAUUAGGUCUAAAGACAUCUGAAGUUUUCUAGUUGUUUCACACGCUGUUGCUGAGAUAUGUUGUCCAAUCUUAUUACUAUGCUCUUACUUAGAAAAAAGAACAUUUUUGUCCUGUGCUGUUUUUCCACUGAACCCAAUGAAGCACUGCAGUGCUGAUGAAUCAGUUAUCUUAGAGGAUGAGCUCAGACCUCAACUUUUAUGUUUCAUAGAACAGGCUGUCAGGAUUUUAUGUAAUUUCUAUUUUUGGGCCACAGCAGAGGGAGGCAGAAGAGGGGAGUGAUGGGGAAACCAUACCAGUGAAGCAGAACACCUUGUUGAAAUUAAGUCCCAAAAUUACUGCUGUCAAUUUUAUUUUAAUAAUUUACAGUUACCUCAGAGCAGUAGAUUACACCUUAAAAGUCUUGUUCCUUUAGCAGUUGGAGUAAAGAAAAUAAAGCAGUAGGUGUUUCCUUUGCAUUAGAUUUAAUAAAGAUAUUAAAGAACUAAGCUGAAACUGAAAUUCACAUUAUGUGGUGCGUCCUAAAGCACUGCCACAACCUGUCUUUUAUCUUCAGACAUUACAUUUCAUUCACCCAUCUGUUACAGCAUCAUGUACUUGGGACCUGAGCCGACAGCUUGCAGCUGCCAGAGAUUUGAUGCCUCUCAGCAGCAGACCCCUCUUGUUUCAUCUCUUUUUUUUGCUGCUUGUGGCUGACAAGUGUGAGCAGUAUCUUACAGCUGAACGUGUACUAGAAAUUUUAAGAAGUUUUGGCUGUGUACCUGUUCUUUGCUAGUAGCUUUUAUCAGUGUUUGUUUUAAUUUAUUUCACUUUUGUUGGUCUGAUAUUGUAUUUGUAUAAUAACUUAUGUACUUAAUAUUAUUAGUUUUCUGGUUUAAUUUUUAUGUACUUAGAUUUUUUAAAAUGUAAUCAACCCAAGCACUUUAAGCAACAAUGUCAAUCUUGUAAAAUUCCAAUCAGCUUAACAUUUUGCCUUUGUCUUUUUGCUUUUGCAGCUGUUUGCUUGUGAUCCAACGUCUCUAGUUACAACCCAAUUUCCAUUUUUAGGCUUGUAGUCCUAGCUGGGUUGUAAAUUUGGGAAGCCCAAAUCUGUUCAUACAUAUUUGUUCAUGCAUAACAAGGAUACAGUGUUUACUACGUGUCUGCUACACAUAGCAGUAUGUACCUGACAAGUUACUCUCACUGUGCAUAUUUCACAGCCUUUUUUGCGCUCUACCUGCUAACCCAUCUGAGAAUAACUGAUUAGAGUAUUACAGUCAUCAAUGACUGUAACUUAGAAAAACUCCAUUUCUCACUGGAGAAUUCUCUUUUACUAAACACAGAGCUAGCUGUCAAUCAGCUGAUGAUACAGGUAUUGCACUCUUUGCCGUUUUAUCUGUGCUCUGUACAGUCUCAAGUAUGAAUAAUCUUAAGAGCUCCAUUUAUUCCUGGCCCUUGUGUGAGUGAUAGCAAGGAGAGCAAUCUUUUUGCAUCUUUCUUCUCUCCACUUGGGCUCCUAUAAAGGGAAGAGAUAAUGAGGUAGGAUAAGUGCUGGUGUAAAAAAACCCACACCAUCUAUAUCAAAGGCACUGGCUGUUUCUUAGAGGCCAGCACCUGUGGUAUCCAUGUCAGAAAGUCACUGAUUUUCUGUGGUUUUAACACAAAGGUUAUUCUUAGUUUUUUAGACAUCGUAUUCUCUUUGAUCAAUGAAAAAACCAGGGCUUUUUCCUGUUGCAUCAUUUCUGUUGCUGAGGUGUUUCUUUUCAAUUUAACAUGGCACUUAAUAUUUAAAUAGCCCUUGGGAAGCCUCGAUAGACACCUUUUUAAUUUCUUUCCAGUUAACAUGCAUGACUUCAAGGAGAUUGCUUGAACCUGUCCACAAGAAUUACCACACUCCUUUUGCAUACAAAGUCAAGUAACACCUAUCAGGAGGUAUGUGCCCACCUGAUGGGACCCUCUGGGCCAAGCCCACACCUUUUUACAUGCUAAUGAUUCUUUACCCCCUAGGAGGUUUGCUUGCUGGCUUUGCCUGAAUGAUUUAAUAUGAAACUGCACAUAACUCCCCUUAUUCCUGAUCUCAGAGUUGCUAUAAUUCUUUAAUAAUUCUGCUUUAUUUGGUUGUUAAGACUGGGACUAUUGCACAAUGUAGAAUAACUUGUGUGCGCCAUUCACAGUGGUCAAUUUAACAGCCUAAUGCUUCUGAUGAAGGCUGUUGCAGGUGACAGCUUCACUAUAUGUAAGAAUAUUGAAGAGUAAGUGACUUCCCUGUGAUAGCACGGUAGGUCUGUGUCCUGGUUUUGGCUGAGGUAGAGUUAAUUUUCUUUCUUGUAGCUGGUACAGUGCUGUGCCCUUCUGUAGGAGGAGCUGGACUGGCAUGCAGCUUCCUAGCCCUCAGCUUGUACCCAGCUGAAGUUGGUGCUCCAUCCUCUAGAUAAAUCUAACCCUUCUCCUAGGGGCUUCAAAGGAGCAGGAGCAAACCCUUUGUGAAGACACCUUGCCGUUCACAAAAACAUCUUGCUCGCUGCAGUAGAUAAUUAAUGAAUAUUUGCAACCCUUCUCUCCCCACUCCCCAAACCCUCAUUAAUAGGAAUACGUUCCUUAAAGAGGCUGAGCUUAAACAUCAGCUUUGUACUUGCAAUGGUGUUCAUAUUUGCAAAUGUCCCAAGACAGAUUGUUUUCGCGCACUGAAUUGUUUCCUAGUCCGCUCUCAACUCUCAUUCUAAUGGCAACAUCGGGGCAGCCAUGUUACAGGUUCAGGUGCUUUUCCUGGAGACAAUUUUGUAGAUUCAGCAGCUUUUGUUAAAGAAGACCUAACACAAGCUCCAUAACUUAUCCAUGACUCUUUAGGGGUAAAGUCACCAUAUGCUUUAUGAAUAUGAGCAUAGGGUAGGGGGAAGAAGAAAGAGAAGAGGAAGAAAUAUGGAAAGGGCUGUUUUUUCGGAGGCUUUGAAUGUGUAUAUCUGUUUGUAAAUAUACAAUCCCUCUUUACCUUGUCAAAAUGAUGCAAUCAUAGUAAAACUACUUAAAUAUUUUGUGCUAGUUUUUUAAAUGGAGUAAGAGGUAGUAGAAUCAUUAGACACGUAACUGGGGACACAUAAAAAUACUGAAUUUCUAGUAAAGCGUACAAUACACGGUGUAUGUGUACAGUUGACUAUCUGCUCUUUUUAAUCAUGUACAUGUAAUUAAACCCUGCACUACCGGCAGAACUG